AUGUUCGCGAUUCUCCGUGGCAGGCGACUUCGGCUCCCACUGGAGCUCUCUGUUUUGGCCGCCCGUCAAUUUUGGGCAUCUGAAAAUGCAGUGUUUUCCAGGCCGUUCACCACCGGGAGACCACCGCCAGGUGUUCGUGAAAAUGACUCCGAGAAAUCCUUCACCUUUUCUUACCUCGUCAGCUCAUGCGGGUUGACCCCAGACGCCGCCGUCCGCACCUCCAGUAAACUCCAGCUGAAAUCGCCGGAAAAGCCAGACGCGGUGUUGAAUCUCCUCAGAGAGUACGGAUUCACGGCCGCCCACAUCUCUGCAAUGGUCACCCGGUGGCCGAACGUUCUCUCUGCCUGCCCAGACCAAACCCUUUUGCCCAAGCUCGAAUUUUUCGCAUCAUUUGGCAUCCCCCUCCCCAUCCUGGCUAGCAGCCUGUCCCGAAACCCUUCCAUCUUAAUGUCCAGCCUGAAGAACUCAAUCAUCCCCUUAUACGAUUUCCUGAAAAACUUGCUUGGGUCUGAUAAGGGGGCUGUUCAAGUCUUGACACAAGCUGCCCAGUUCUUCAGCUGGAACCGGCCUCACGACAUCUCCUCCAACUUCUCGUUUCUUGUGGCCUGCGGGGUCCCUCGGCCAUCUCUUGUGUCAAUGGUCAAGUACGACCCAAAAAUGCUCUUGGUUCCUCAGGAGAAGUUAUCCUUGUGCGUGGAUCGAGCAAUAGAAAUGGGGUUUGACGUGUCCCAUAAUGCAUUUGUGAAGGCCAUUCGGGUUUUGGUGGGUUUUGGUGAGUCGGCCCUUAAGCGCAAGAUGGAGAUUUAUAGAAAGUGCGGCAUGUCUGAAUCCGACAUCAAGACUGCCUUUCUGAGUCAGCCGUUGUGUAUGGCCUUGUCCGAGAAGAAGAUUCUGGAGAGUAUGGGUUUUCUCGUUCAUAAAUUGGGGUGGGCACCAGGUGACGUGGCCCGGUGCUCUUGGAUUCUUGGGUACAGCCUCGAAAAGAGAAUGAAGCCGAGGUGGGCAGUUGCUGAGGUUUUGAAUGAAAAGGGGUUGAAGAAUGUGGCUAUCACGUCCCUGCUGACAAUGUCCGAGAAGGUUUUCUUGGAGACCUAUAUCGAGAGGUACGAGAAGGAUGUUCCUGAACUUUUGGACAUUUAUCGAGGUAAAUCAAAUCUUGGCCAGCACCUCUUGAAUUGA